UCCUCACCUUUUUUUUUCUUUUAACAGCGUUAGUCUUAGUUCCUUAAUAACACCUUUGCCAGUGACGUGUAAUAUCUUGAUUGGAUUAACCGCUAAAUAGGAAGAAACAAAGCAACCAUCAGUUUGACAUUUAACUGUGCUAGAAAGAAAGGAAAAAAGAGAGGGAGAGAAGAAAGAAAAGAGCAGCUGAGCUGAGUGGAUCGAUGCUGAUCUGCUGUAUUUAUUUACUAAUUUAAGAUUUCAACAUCAACCCAUUUCAAAACAAGUCUAGGUAAUUUCUGGGCUCGAUUUCAAUUCUCAUAAAGCUUUCAACUUUCAUCGACCACUUCAGUUUUUAUGGAGUUUCAAAGGUCCUUCAUGUUUGACAAAGUAACAAUACGGUGCUGAAUUUGACCAAAAGAUCAUCAUGAAUUUCUUAGUUGGAGCUUUUAAACCACCAUGUAGUGUUUCUAUCAUUUUUGCUGAUGGAAGAACACGCAAACAGGUUCCAUUAAAGAAGGAAAAUGGCCAAACGGUCAUGGUUCCUCUCUUCCAAAGUCAAGAAAACAUUGUUGGGGAGGUUGUCAUAGAACCAGUUCAAGGGAAGAAGGUUGAACACAAUGGUGUUAAAAUCGAGCUGCUUGGUCAAAUAGAAUUGUAUUUUGAUCGAGGCAACUAUUAUGAUUUUACAUCUCUUGUGCGUGAACUUGAUGUACCUGGAGAAUUAUAUGAAAGAAAGACAUAUCCCUUUGAAUUUUCUACUGUGGAAAUGCCGUAUGAGUCCUACAAUGGAGUGAAUGUGAGGCUUAGGUAUAUAUUGAAAAUGACAAUCAGUCGAAAUUAUGUCAGCAACAUUGUCGAGAGCCAGGAUUUUGUGGUUCACAACUACACUCCGCUUCCAUCAAUCAAUAACAGCAUCAAGAUGGAAGUUGGAAUUGAGGACUGUCUUCAUAUUGAAUUUGAAUACAGUAAAAGCAAGUACCACUUGAAGGAUGUCAUCGUUGGCAAAAUAUACUUUCUUCUGGUGAGAAUUAAGAUUAAGAAUAUGGAGCUUGAGAUCAGGCGCCGUGAGUCGACGGGAUCAGGGCCUAAUACAUAUGUUGAGACAGAGACCCUUGCAAAAUUUGAAUUGAUGGAUGGUGCUCCUGUCAGAGGUGAAUCGAUUCCAGUAAGACUGUUCCUGAGUCCAUACGAGUUGACACCCACAUAUCGCAACAUUAACAACAAAUUCAGUGUGAAGUACUACUUGAAUCUUGUUCUAGUUGAUGAAGAAGAUCGGCGGUAUUUUAAGCAGCAAGAAAUCACAGUUUAUCGGCUUCUUCCAACUCCCUGAAUGAGUGUCCAUAUUAGAGGAGCUCAGAAAUUUUAUCAUGACAGAAAGGAAAAUAGGAGCAGUAUCUUAGCAAGUAGUUUGCUUCUUUGAAGGACCAAGGAUUCAGAUUUGUCAUGGAGAGAGAUUUCCCUGUUUUCAUGUUGAUGAUGCCCUUCUUGAUUUUGACCAGUGAAACACAUCUGAUGGCAAAAACCUUUCCAUGUUUGGGAUACUUGGAACUGCAAUAUUUCCAUUGUUCUAAUUUGGUUGUUGCAUUUCAAGGCUACCCUUGACAGUGUGUAAUGCAACUUGUAUUUUAUUCUGUAAAUUGACAUUUUUUUUCACCCUCAUAGAAUGUGUUGUGAAAUUUUUCUUUCUA